UCUCUCUCUCUCUCUCUCUCAAGAAGAAGAAGAAAAGCUCUCUUCGAGUUGAUACCAUCUUCUUCUUCGAUUGUGUACAAUCUUGAUUUCGAAUUAGAUUCGUAAAGUCUUCGUUUCAUUGAAUUUUAACCAGAGAACGUUUGCGGUGAAAGGAGGAAGAAAAUGGCCACAGCGAACAACGCCAACCACCAAGACAGCAACCCCAACACCCCCGCCGCCAUGGUGGCGCCGGGAAAGCAGUCUGUCCCCGCCGCCAAGACCGUCGAUACCCAGUCUGUUCUGAAAAGGUUACAAUCAGAGCUGAUGGCCUUAAUGAUGGGCGGGGAUUCUGGAAUCUCAGCCUUCCCUGAAGAGGACAACAUAUUCUGUUGGAAAGGAACCAUCCAUGGCAGUAAAGCUACAGUCUUUGAAGGAACUGAAUAUAAACUCUCUCUUUCAUUCCCAUCUGACUAUCCUUUUAAGCCUCCUAAGGUUAAGUUUGAGACAGCUUGCUUCCACCCGAACGUUGAUGUUUACGGGAAUAUAUGCCUGGACAUAUUGCAGGAUAAAUGGUCAUCUGCUUAUGAUGUGAGGACAAUGUUGCUAUCUAUUCAGAGUUUGCUAGGAGAGCCGAAUAUAAGUUCACCACUCAACACACAGGCAGCAGCACUUUGGAGCAAUCAAGAAGGUGUAGUACAGGAAGAUGGUGGAGAAAUUAUACAAGCCGAGUUCUUAGGAACUUCCUUACUCGAUUGGUGUCGUCUGAGCCUUGGAUGAGUUGAGAGGGAGGGCUCGGUUCAUAUGGUUUAUUUGUUCAUCAUGUUCUAUUCAAUUCUUUUAUUGUUGUAGGAGUGAUCUCUUUUAUUAGAUCAAAGGGAAAAAUAUUGCUUUGAAGAUUUAUGAAGUUUUCAGUUUUAGGGAAAAUAUUGCUUUUAUUCAGAGCUGAAAUUUUUAGAAGUGUGUUUUGGCUACCCUUAAUUCUGUCAUAUUUUCGUUGGCUCUGAAAGCUGGUGUCUGAUUUUAUGAGUUGAUGAUUGAUGUUAUUUGGUGUGUCGAUUGAAAUGCUGGAAUUCUCCAGUCAACACAAGAUUAAUAUCAUACACGGCGACAAAAAAACAAACAAUGCCCUAUAAAAUGAACAAAACAAAAACGAAUAAAGAAUCGAGUGAAACAUAUUUUUGCUUUCUCCA